AUGGCGGCCCCACCACCUCUCGCCGCCAUGAACCCUCAGCAGCCACCCUGUGUGACUGAAACCACCGUGCCACCUGCCGGACUCGCAAUGAGGACCACCGCACCGGCCUCCGCCGCCGUCGUACCAUCUCAAGGCCCCGUGGCCGGACCUAGCCACCUUCAUAGCACCGCCGCCGACUUUGGCCCAAUCUUGGAGCAACUUCAACCACUCCCUCCAUUACCUCCACGCUCGACGCAUGCUCCCACGCACACAUCCAAUGAAACCCUAGCCCGCUCCCAGGGAGUUCAACUUGAUGGCCAUCGAGACGAGGAUCGAGAAGAAAGGCGCUCUGCUGCUCGCUCGCAGAGAAACAUUCGCGAAAGGAUAGGCCCCCAAGGAGGUCAACUCGACAAUCAUCACAAUGAGGAUCGUGAAGAAAGGCGCUCUGCUACUCGCUCUCGAAGAACCAAUUCUCGUCGCCAAACUACUGGAAAUCCCUCACAAGCGCAGUCCACCAACACUCCGCCUAGACAGCUCAACCGAGAUCGUCGACCUUCGCAAGCCAAUGAGGAAGUCAAUCAGCAUCGUCUAAAUCACGAAGAUCAUCAACAUGACCGACUAGCCAUGCGUGCAGAAGACGUUGAGAAGCUUGUGAAUAACCGACUUCGAGACUUAAAGAUUGGCGGAAAUUUCGAAGAUGCACUACGCAUUGAGGUAGACCGAGCAAACUCCUCACCUUUCACAGUCAAAAUUGAGCAGGCUGCUCCUCCGAAACGAUUCUCAACGCCCUAUUUUACAUGCUUCAAAGGCGAUUCCGACCCCGAAAGUCAUCUGAAGCAUUUCAAGAGCCUUAUGAUCCUCUACAAAGCCGAAGACGCGUUAAUGUGCAAGGUCUUUGCAAUGACUUUAAGAGAAGCAGCUCAGGACUGGUUCCACACCCUGCCAUCCGGGUCGAUCAACAGCUUCAAGGAGUUUGCUUAUGUCUUCACCAAAGAGUACACUUCUUAUCGGACGAUCAAGAAGAACCCUGACCAUCUGUUCAACGUGCAAAAGAAGUCCGAUGAAUCUCUCCGAGACUACAUCAAGAGGUUCAAAGCAGAGAGGGCAAACAUUGUAGGAUGUGAUGACCAAAUUGCAUCCUCCGCCUUCAAGAGAGGGUUGCCAAUUGAAUGUGAGCUGUAUCGCGAGCUGACCAUCUCUCCCCGCCAAACAUUGAUAGAAGUCUUUGCUACAGCAGAGCGCUACGCACUAUGGGACGACGACCAGAUUGCCGCGAAGAAGGCUGAUCAAGCAGCUAAGCAGGCAAGCAAAGAGAACGGCAAGCGCAGAUCACAGCCUCAGGAAGGUGCUCCAGCAAUAGAGAAGUACACCAAGUUCACUAUCCCGAUACACCAGAUCCUAGCUCAAGUAAAUGACAUGCCUUGGUUGAAAAAACCAUCACCUUUAAAGGGAAACCUAACAAAAAAGGAUACCAGUAGAUACUGCACAUUCCAUGAAGGGUAUGGUCAUUAUACAAACGACUGCUUCGCCUGGAAAAGGUACCUCGAAGAUCUAGUCAGAGACGGCCAUUGCACAGAAUUCAUCUCAAGGGGGGCCAUUCAACAAAUCAAGGAUUGUGACGCAACUAACAAUGAGCCUCCACGAAAAAAGCCAUAUGGAUCAACACGAUCCUAG